CCAUACUCGGAGCACGUUAGCAGAGCCAUUACAGACAACGGUGCUCUCAGAACCCGCCCCCCAAAAAGUCUUUUCCAAAUUGCCGUGCACUCGUCCGCCACGUACGAUUGCCCCACCGUCCCCGAACCAGAUUACAGCUGUCAUGUCAACAGUUGCUCCUGCCCAGAAUAAGUUUACACCCGUAGCAUCUUCAUCUUCGGAACUUUCCCAAAGAAAAAAUGAUGUUACCCGCGCAGCAGCUGCUCCGCUUGACACGCCUGACACGGAAAUCAAUUCACCAGAACAAGGGGCAGGCCCGGAGCCGUGCAAAAAUAGUAAAAUAGCAAUUCGCAGCGCUACAGAUGCGACAAGCCAGCCACAACCGUCUGAAAUCCCGGUUGCAUUUGGCAACAAGAAUUCAGUUGGACCGGGUGUCCCUGUGUCAUCCUCAUCGCAUCGCCCGAACGCGGGCGCUCAAGUGGUUUUGGAUGAAAAUAAAACACCGUUGGCGUCUGGACAAACGCCAAUGAGUGCAUCCCCGCAAGUGGAAUGUUCUUCAACGCAGGCAAGCGUUUGUGAAAGUUUCGAAAUAGCUCCUGGGGAACAAGCAGCAGCAUCGUCGUCCGAGCUUGUGCCAGCAAAGUCUUCUCCGCUGGUCCCAAUAAUCCGACUAAAAAGGCUGCCGAAUCUGGCAUCUGCCGCCGGAUCAUUUUUGGUUUCACAACUGUUCUGUCACGGGAAGGAAUCUGGAGCGGUCCCACCAGACGGCGCCUCGUCUUUGAUCAAUGAGCAGGCGUCCACGUCAACGGUCCGUUCAUCAUCGCCCUGUUGCGCUCCGGAAGAGGCGCCGCCCACUGGUUUGUCAGCUUGUACACCUUCCUGUGGGUCUGAAUCGGUCUUGGAGAAAGCAACGCCGGACUUUGACAAGGUCGAGUUUCCAGCCGUAACCGACCGAGCACGUAAAACUGGCACUGUGGGCGAGGGAAGACUCAACACGGCGGGGCUCAAUUUUGUUUCACCGAAUGGCUCUUCGACGCCCCCUGUGCAUUCAAGCCCGAUCAGCAAGCACCCAUCCGAACCUCAUUUACAAUCGACCGAAGCGGAGUUCUUCUCACAGUUGGAGCUAUUGCCUAUAAAUCAAGAUGCUGAAAAGAUAACAACGAUUGAGUCUGCAGACGCCCAACGUUCGUGUGUUGAAAGGACCCGUACCGAUGGAAGGAGAAAGUCACACAAAAAGCCCACCGUUGCCUGUCCUGGAGUUCCCCUCAAAACGUAUUCGCGGACCAAGCGAACAAAAAGGAAUUUGCAGCCAAAUACAAGCCAGCCUUGUUUGCCUGAAAGCCCCAAGAAACCGAGAUUAGAGAAUGUUAGUACGACCGAACAAGUUUCUACCCAGAAGCCCAUUUCGACAAAUACUGCCAUUCCCUUGAGUCCCACAGGGCCACUGAAGGAAACAAAGUUUUCCCAACUCGGUCUCAGGAAUCAACGGCGGACAAAUAUCAGUUGCACUGAAAGCGAAACUGUUUCUGUGAGACCCCGAAAGCCAGUUGUAACUUUGUAUAGGUUAUCUCUAAAAGACACAACAGACAGCACUUCGAUUAUCGCCCCGCUGCCACGCGCCGGAAAAAGCGUCACCCGCGUAAGCCCGACAAAACGUGCGUCGGCGUCUGGUAGUCUGAAAAUAGGAAAUGGUCUUGAACGCGUUCCAGUCGACACUGAAAAGCCAUUUAGAGCUGAAGAAAUUGCAAGCACACCGGUUGAUGCUACAGUCUGUCCAAGGUCGAGUUCAACUGCGGGUACAGCUGAGAAGGCAAAGACAAAGUCGGCCGCGCUGAGUCGUCAUCCGUCCAGUAGACCCGUCAGUCGUGCCUUCUCUGAAAAAUACCACCAACAUGAAGGUACCGCCGCCGCUUUCAAGACUAAAUUGGCAUAUCAGAGUCCGAAGAAAAUUGCUUGUGUUAAAAAGACCCAUUUCAAUUGUCCUCGAGACGCGUCUGCUCAUGAAACGACCACUCCCUGUCCUCCGAGGAAAAAAUUCACAAGAGACGACAAGAAGCCCAAAAAGUCCCAAUCGCCUCCCGUCAGUCAAAAUGAGUCGAGGAUCAUUAAAUAUGUUCCUAGACCUCAAACCUCUAACUGUGAAUCCACAUCUCUUUGGAUUUGCAACCUUUCUGAAUUGGAAAACUCAAAACGAACAUCGAAUUCAUUAAUGGGGAAAAGUGUCUCCCCAAGUAAUCUGUCGCCCAAAUUGACUGAAAUUGCUCCCGGUUCAAGUAAGACUGGAGAAAGUACUGCGAAGACAUCAAGAAUGAAUCCAAAGCUGACUGUUCAAGACGAUGCGAAGGAACAGAACGCAAAGAAAUUAGCCCAGGCGGCAAAAGCCAACCCCAUCGCAAUAAUCAAACAAACGAAAUCAAACAUACCCACGCAGAUAAUUCACCACCAUGCCGGCAAUCAAACGGGAAACAAAUGCACUUUUCCUCCGAAAAUACAAGCAGGGGAAGCGACCCCGAAGACUCGAUUCGCCGGCGGCAGGCACCUGCGUAAGAACCAGUGCGGGGAAUGCGGCCGCAUUCUGAGCAGCAAGACGGCCCUCGAAAGUCACGUCAGUGUCCAUACUGGUCACAGGCCAUUCUCUUGCACGCUCUGUGAUAAGAGCUUUCCCGACUCCAGGGGUCUUAAACGGCAUAGCAUCGUGCACCGCAAUGGGCGGCUGCACGUUUGCCAGCAGUGCGGGAAGGGUUUUGUUUACGGCUUUGGCCUCGCCAAACAUGUCCAGAUGGUACACGGGAAAAUCAAGCCUUUCGUCUGCCAGGUCUGCAACAAGUCCUUCUUCACAAAGCGAGAUGUGGAGACCCACAUCCGAGUACAUACGGGGGAGCGACCGUUCCCUUGCCAUUUAUGUGAAAAAAAGUUUUCCAGGAGUGUCGAACUCAACGCGCAUCUGAGGUGGCACCGCGGGGAGAAAAGACAUUGGUGCCCGUAUUGUGGGAAAGGAUUUUUCGACCAGAACAACCUGAAAAGACACAAGUACAUCCAUACAGGAGAGAAACCACAUUCUUGCCCACAUUGCCCGAAACAUUUUACACAAUCUGGACACCUGAAAAAGCACGUUAAAAAUGUACAUAAGGUUCUGUGAGAGACGGCGGAAAGGUUUGUCACAUUUCUUUUAGUAAUAUAAAUGUCUCUUUGACAUGAUUUGUACUUGAUACGUCAAAUGAAAUAAAGAAAAUAACUUAU